GACAGCCCUGGAGCCCAGAGGGACACACGGUGCCCAGGAUGCUGAGUCUGCCCUAGGCCCCGAGCCCAGCGAGCUGUGACAGCUGCAGGGAGGUCUGCGAAGGCUCUGCUGCACCRUCCCUGAGCCAUGGUCUAGGAAGCACUGGGAACAUGAAGGGCUUAGGCGACAACAGGAGCCGCCAUCUGUCCGAAAACCUGGAYUCCCCUCAAGACUCUCUUUAUGCCCCCCAGGACAGGAACCCUUACCUCCUCAGCCCCACUGACUCCUUCACCAUGGAUCCCCGCUUCCCAGCCCAGAACACUGUCCACAGCGACUGUCUCCUUCCGCUCAACAACCAGAUCUCCAACAGCAGCACCUUCCCCCGCAUCCAUUACAACUCCCACUUCGAGGUGCCGGAUGACAACCCUUUUCCGAGCCAUGCCCAAGCCACAAAGAUCAACCGCCUGCCUGCCAACCUCCUCGAUCAGUUUGAGAAGCAGCUGCCCAUCCACAGGGACGGCUUCAGCACCCUCCAGUUCCAACGGAGUGAYGCCAAGCACCGGAGUGAGAGCCCAGGGCGCAUCCGGCACCUUGUGCAYUCGGUGCAGAAGCUCUUUGCCAAGUCCCAGAGUCUGGAGGGUCCCGCCAAGGGCAACGCAAACGGGAAGAAGGGGGCAGAUGACACCAAACAAAACCGGAGGAGCAAGAGCAAGGACCGGGCAAAGACCUCGGAGCCCAAGCGCAGGACCAGGUCCAACAUCUCUGGCUGGUGGAGCUCUGACGACAACCUGGACAGUGACACCUGCAGCUACCGCAACCCCAUGGGGCUGAUGACACUGGGCCGGCAACCCGACCACAGCCAGCCAAAGUACUUCAUGCACGCCUACAACACCAUCAGCGAGCACAUGCUGAAAUCCUCCAAGAGCAAUAACGACCUCAAGGUCACCCCUUGCACCAAUAUCCCCAUCAACAAUGACUCCAACUACAUCAAGCGGGGCUCCUGGUCCACGCUGACKCUCAGCCAUGCCCGGGAGGUGUGCCAGAAGGCCUCUGCCACCAUCGACAAAGCCUUGCUCAAAUCCAAGUCCUGCCACCAGGACUUGGCCUACCACUACCUGCAGCCUGACGGAGGGCUGUGGGCACAGCUGGGUGGCACGGGCCCGGCCAGCAGCUGGGCAGCCCCACCGCUCAGCUGGGAGGACACGGGUGCCCCGCGGCAGCCGAGCGAGCCCACACGGAGGUGGGACCAGCCCCUCAGCCCCGGGCCGACCGACGCAGGCAGCGCCCAGGUGCCUCAGGGGGAGUGGAACAAUACCCUGUCCCGGGACAAGGACAGCGAGAUCCCGUGCCGGCGCAUGCGGAGCGGGAGUUACAUCAAAGCCAUGGGGGAUGACGAUAGCGAGGACUCAGAAACCAGCCCCAAACCAUCCCCAAAAACUGCAGCUCGGAGGCAGAGUUACCUCAAGGCCACCCAACAGUCCCUGAGUGAGCAGAGCACCACACAAAGGAGCCUGGACCGUCUGGACUCUGUUGAGAUCCUCCUACCUCCAAAGUUCCCCACCUGGGAGGAAGAAUACAACCAGAUCUCUGACAGCAUCAACGAGUCCAGCUGCAUCAACCAGGCACCCGAGCCGGAGCUGGGCGAGCAGUACGAGCCCGUCUGCGACUCCACCUACAGCGAGGCYGAGUCGGCGGCCGCGGAGGUGCUGGACCUGCCUCUGCCCAGCUACUUCCGAUCCCGGAGCCACAGCUACCUCCGCGCCAUCCAGGCGGGCUGCUCGCAGGAAGACGACACGGGCUCCGUACGCUCCCUCUCCCCGCCGCCCACGGGCAGCCUCAGCGGCAGCAGGACCCUGCCCACCAACAGCAGUUCAUCAUGCCUAGUGGCAUAUAAAAAGACUCCACCUCCUGUCCCACCUCGAACCACGUCCAAGCCGUUCAUCUCUGUCACUGUGCAGAGCAGCACUGAGUCAGCGCAGGACACCUACCUGGACAGCCAGGACCACAAGAGCGAGGUCACCAGCCAGUCGGGGCUCAGCAAUUCCUCAGACAGCUUGGACAGCACCAGGACACCCAGUGUGACCAGGGGCAGCGUCGUGACUCCGGCCAGAGACACUCCAGAGUUACCUCAGAAAAAUGCAACUUUGAAAAGUGACAAAGGGACUCUGACAAACGAAGAGCCUAAAGUGGAGAAUAUCCCCAAAAGAAAGCUGUCGUCUAUAGGAAUACAAGUUGACUGCCUUCAGCCAGUGGCAAAAGAGGAGCCUCCUCCACCAGCCACCAAAUUCCAGUCCAUCGGGGUACAGGUAGAGGACGAGUGGCGAAACAGCCACUCUCGCAGCAUGUCCACCAAACAGGACACAGACUCUGACACACAGGAGCCCAACAAUUCCGCCUGUAAAUCAUCUGAGAGAAGCCUCGCUGAGUGCCCCCAGCACAACAAUUCCGUUGGUGUUGAUGCCUCCACCAGGCAACCAGCCAAGCCUUCGCAGAUUAAGAGAAACCUCUCCUAUGGAGAAAACAAUGACCCUGCCCUGGAGCCUUCUUCUCUCCCUCCUCCUGACCCCUGGCUCGAGAGCUCCUCCACGUCGCCGUCCGAGCYGGCGCAGCCGGGGCCCUGCCGGCGGGACGGCUUCUGGUUCCUGAAGCUGCUGCAGGCCGAGACCGAGCGCCUGGAGGGCUGGUGCCGCCAGAUGGACCAGGAGACCAAAGAGAACAAUCUCUCGGAGGAAGUCUUAGGAAAAGUCCUGAGUGCAGUGGGCAGUGCACAGUUACUAAUGUCACAGAAGUUCCAGCAAUUCCAUGGCCUCUGUGAACAAAACUUGAACCCUAACGCCAAUCCCAGACCCACAGCCCAGGACUUGGCUGGAUUUUGGGAUCUCCUCCAGCUGUCCAUCGAAGACAUCAGCAUGAAGUUUGACGAGCUGUAUCACCUCAAAGCUAAUAGCUGGCAAUUGGCAGAGACACCGGAGAGAAAGGAAGAGAAGAAACCGCCCCCUCCAGUGCCAAAGAAGCCAGCCAAGUCCAAAUCGCAGCUGAGCCGGGACAAAGGCUCUGACUCGGACAAGCAGCGGCAGGAGGCGCGGAAGCGGCUGAUGGCGGCCAAGCGCGCAGCGUCCGUGCGGCAGAAUUCGGCCACCGAGAGCGCCGACAGCAUCGAGAUCUACGUCCCCGAGGCCCAGACCCGCCUCUGAGCCCAGCCACGGCCAGCCCGUGGCUUUUAUAAGUCAUUAAACAGAAAAAAAAGGUUCUCUCAAAACUAGUGUGAUUUAUUCAGUCUAGAGACAAUGAGCCAUCCUUGAAAAGGGCUCCUGAGUUGGCUUUUUUCUCUCUCAGCUUUAAGUAAAGAAGAUUUUAACAAAAAACAAAACAAAAAAAAAUACAAACAAAAAAAAAUUAGGAAAAAAAAAAAAGGAAAAAGAAAAAAUGCCCCUCGUUUUGUCCCCGGCUGUGGUGUCGCUGAAUGGACUGGACAGACUCCUGGGAACUCCAGCCCCUCGAUUUGGAACUUGAGUCUUUUUACUUGUUCUAUCUCAUGAGAAUUAUUAGCUUGUUUACAAGAAGAGGACAAGAAAAUAUGAAGCCUUGAGCACUUGCCAUGCUGUGUUCUUCCUCCUCCUCAGAUCUGUUCUGCCCUUCUCAUCCUUUAUUUUUCCCUCCUUCUGCUCCCSUUCUCCCACCUUUUGCAUGGCUUUGGCUCUCGUGUCCAGACCCUCCUGCCCCGCAGAGAGCACCUGUGGUGUGUAUUCCUGCUGCCCUCUCCAGCCAGCAGCCUUCCUGGGCUUUGUGUUCAUGGGAUGGGGAUGUUGGGGUGGGGGAGGAUGGASACAGGGUGGGUUGCAUCCUCAGUUUGUUGGAGGGAGAGGACGCCAGGACUACAGAAUGUGGCGUUGAAAUGCAGCCCAGAAGCAAAACAUGCAAUAAAUGGGGCGCAGGGGAUGCCGGGAGCUAGACCCCACUCCAGGCACAGGAGCGAAGCUGAAGGACCACAGAGCAYGAGGCACAUCACUUUGAUUUCCCUCCUCUUCCUGUCCCAACCCCGUUUUCCUUGGAUGGCUGGUUGAGAGAGGAGCUGCUGCGGCGGGGGCUCGGUGUGUCCAGGAGGAGGGGGUGUACAUAUGCACAUAUACACUUAGUAGUACCUGUAUAGUAAUUCCUACACACGGAUCCUGCCCACGCCACCACGGGGGUGGGCAGAUGUAUAGCAUAUAUUUUUACAUGUACUAUAUCUAGAUGUGUGUCCAAGUGUGUGUAAAAAUAUAUACCCUGUGUGUAAGCAGAUGACUAUUUUUUCCUUAUCUCCCUGCUCUCUGGGUGGAGGAAGGAUCGCUAAAUAUUUUUUAGCCCAUUUUUUUUUCCCCUUUCUAGGUCUCCUUUCCGGUCUGGCACCUCAGAGCCAGAGCUGCCACCCUCCAAUUCUUUGCCACCCUCUCACACUGAAAGUUUUUGUCCCAUCCCGAGGGAUCUCACUGGGGAUUUUUUUUCCCUUUUCACAUGUAUGAACAAGUUGGGAGAUUGUGUGCUACUGUCAUGGGGGUGGAGGUGGAAUCCCAGAGGUUUCAGUGAGAGUGUUGGUAAUCCAGAAGGCAAAAAAUAAAUAAAAGUGAAAUCCUGAAUGA